CGAGACCUCAAGAACGCCUCAACACACACCAUCAACCUUGUCGUGAGAGAAACAUUGAUGUAUGUUCAUAUUACUUUUUGCUGCCUGACAUUUGGUAUUAUGAACUUACACUGACGGCUCGAUGAUUCACAGCACCCCAUCAUGUCCCACGAAAGCGUCUGGUACUCGCGCCCCCGCACCUACGGCAAAGGUUCGCGAAGCUGUGUCGUGACCGGCGAGCGCAAGCAUGCUGGUCUGAUCCGUAAAUAUGGACUCAACAUGAGCCGACAGGCUUUCCGAGAGAAGGCUGCCGAUAUCGGUUUCAUCAAGUACCGUUAGAUGGGCGCAAGGGCGAUGUGUGCGGAAUAGAGAUCGAAGGGAAAAGUUGAUUGAUAUCUAUCUAAGGGAAAGGCAAGACUAGCUGUAACGACUGAUGUAUUCCGAUGUAGCCGGUACUCAAUGAAGCGCUUCCGCCAUACGA